AUGGGUGGCGAUUUACCUUUAGAGAUUGACGUUAAAAUUCCAACCGGAAAAACCUACAAACAACCAACUGGUUUAUUCAUCAACAAUGAGUUUGUCUAUCCGAAACAAAAGAGAACCUUCGAAGUUAUUUCUCCAGUUAAUGAAGAAGUAGUUGCUAGUGUUUAUGAAGCCUUGGAAGAAGAUGUUGACGCUGCCGUUGAUGCCGCAAUUGCCGCUUACCAAACUUGGUCAACCAGUGCUCCAGAAGUUAGAGCUUCAGUAUUGUACAAAGUUGCCGAAUUGGUUGACAAGAAUGCUGAGGUCCUUGCUGAAAUUGAAACGUUAGACAAUGGUAAGUCCAUUGCUAAUGCAAAGGGGGACGUUAAAUUAGUUGCCAAUUAUUUCAGAUCAUGUGCUGGAUGGUGUGACAAGAUUUUGGGUACUGUCAUCAACACAGGAGGUACUCACUUUAAUUAUACCGAAAGAGUCCCAUUGGUUUGUGGUCAAAUUAUUCCAUGGAACUUCCCUCUUUUGAUGUUGUCAUGGAAAUUGGGUCCAGUCUUGGCUAGUGGUUCAACCACUGUCUUGAAAACGGCUGAACAAACACCAUUAUCAGGUUUGUUUUUUGCAAAAUUGUUGGCUGAAGCUGGCUUGCCAAAGGGUGUUGUCAAUAUCAUUUCAGGUUUUGGUAAGACUGCUGGUGCUGCUAUUGCAGGCCACAUGAAGUUGGAAAAAGUUGCAUUUACUGGUUCUACCCUUGUUGGUAAGACCAUUAUGAAGGCUGCUGCUGACUCCAAUUUGAAGAAGGUUACUUUAGAAUUGGGUGGUAAGUCACCCAACAUUGUGUUUGACGAUGCUGAUGUUGACAAUACUAUUCAAAACCUUGUUGCUGGUAUUUUCUACAACUCCGGUGAAGUUUGUUGUGCAGGUUCACGUGUCUUGAUUCAAUCCGGAGUUUAUGAUGAAGUUGUAAAGAAGUUGAAGGCAGCUGCUGAAUCUAUCAAGUGUGGUGACCCAUUUGAUCCAGAUACGUUUAUGGGUGCACAAGUUUCUGAAGUGCAAUUGUCAAAGAUUUUGCAAUAUAUUGAAUCAGGUAAAGAACAAGGUGCCAAGAUUAUCACUGGUGGUUGCAGAGGUGAUGGUAAAGGUUACUUUGUUAAACCAACCAUUUUCGGAGAUGUUGCUGGUCACAUGAAGAUUGUUAAGGAGGAAAUUUUUGGUCCAGUUGUUACAUUAAUCAAGUUUGAUACCAUUGAUGAAGCAAUUGAGUUGGCCAACAACACCGAAUAUGGUUUAGCUGCUGGUGUUCACUCAAGAGACGUCAAUAAAUGUAUCUAUGUCUCAAGCAAGAUCAAAGCUGGUACUAUAUGGGUCAAUACUUAUAACGAUUUCCACCCAAUGGUUCCAUUUGGUGGUUUCAGUGCUUCUGGUAUUGGUAGAGAAAUGGGUGAAGAAGUGUUCCAUGAAUACACUCAAACUAAAGCUGUGAGAAUCAGAUUGAACACAAAGUUCUAG